AUGAUCUCCAGCCUCUCUCGGGAACACAGAGCCACCAUUGUCCUCUCCAUCCCUUCAUCUUCUGCCCAGAGGGGACACCAAGCGCCCGGCCACACAAGUGCCCAAUUAUUCUCCGCCAACACACAGCAAUACAAGAAUCAGCAUGUUCCCAGCUUUGUUCUGUCUCUUGCCCUUCUCGCUUCAGGGCCGACUGCCAACCUAAAGUUCAAUGUCCCACCAACACCAUGUUCCCAGUCCCACCAACACACCAUGUUCCCAGUCCCACCAACACCAUGUUCCCAGUCUCACCAACACAACGUUCCCAGUCCCACCAACACCAUGUUCCCAGUCCCACCAACACCACGUUCCCAGUCCACCAACACCACGUUUCCAGUCCCACCAACACAACGUUCCCAGUCCACCAACACCACGUUCCCAGUCCACCAACACCACGUUCCCAGUCCCACCAACACAACGUUCCCAGUCCACCAACACCACGUUCCCAGUCCACCAACACCACAUUCCCAGUCCACCAACACCACAUUCCCAGUCCACCAACACAACAUUCCCAGUCCCACCAACACAACGUUCCCAGUCCCACCAACACCAUGUUCCCAGUCCCACCAACACCAUGUUCCCAGUCUCACCAACACCAUGUUCCCAGUCCCACCAACACACCAUGUUCCCAGUCCCACCAACACCAUGUUCCCAGUCCCACCAACACAACGUUCCCAGUCCCACCAACACAACGUUCCCAGUCCCACCAACACCAUGUUCCCAGUCCACCAACACAACGUUCCCAGUCCACCAACACAACGUUCCCAGUCCACCAACACCAUGUUCCCAGUCCACCAACACCACGUUCCCAGUCCACCAACACCACGUUUCCAGUCCACCAACACCACGUUCCCAGUCCACCAACACCACGUUCCCAGUCCCACCAACACAACGUUCCCAGUCCACCAACACCACGUUCCCAGUCCACCAACACCACAUUCCCAGUCCACCAACACCACGUUCCCAGUCCACCAACACAACGUUCCCAGUCCACCAACACAACGUUCCCAGUCCACCAACACAACGUUCCCAGUCCACCAAUACCACGUUUCCAGUCCCACCAACACAACGUUCCCAGUCUACCAACACAACGUUCCCAGUCCACCAACACAACGUUCCCAGUCCCACCAACACCAUGUUCCCAGUCCACCAAUACCACGUUUCCAGUCCACCAACACCACGUUUACAGUCCACCAACACCACGUUCCCAGUCCACCAACACAACGUUCCCAGUCCCACCAACACAACGUUCCCAGUCCCACCAACACCAUGUUCCCAGUCCACCAAUACCACGUUUCCAGUCCACCAACACCACGUUUACAGUCCACCAACACCACGUUCCCAGUCCACCAACACCACGUUCCCAGUCCACCAACACAACGUUCCCAGUCCCACCAACACCAUGUUCCCAGUCCACCAAUACCACGUUUCCAGUCCACCAACACCACGUUUACAGUCCACCAACACCACGUUCCCAGUCCACCAACACCAUGUUCCCAGUCCACCAACACAACGUUCCCAGUCCCACCAACACCAUGUUCCCAGUCCACCAACACAGCGUUCCCAGUCCAACCAACACAACGUUCCCAGUCCACCAACACAACGUUCCCAGUCCACCAACACCACGUUCCCGGUCCCACCAACACCAUGGGGGGGGGUUAA